GAUUGUGGGAAUUUCCGUUUCCUAUUUUUUUUUUACCUAACACACUAUCUAUACCAGGGCUUGCCAACCAGGUUCUCAGUUGAGAGGAAGGGACCGAGCUGGAAACAGUCGGCAAAGAAAGGUCUUAAUGAGAAGCAAAUGAAAUGUUUAAUGCAAACUGGCUUUCUCGUUUUCUUACCAACACUGAUCUUGAUGUGAUUGAGUUGGACUACAUUGGAAGGCACGCACUGAAUUCCGUUACCAAUCUUCAGUAACAGCCCAAGAUGCCAGUGAAUUAUAGUGUGACUGACUAUCACGACCAGGAGAACAUCAGCUGCGACAGCAACGACAAGCUGCAGCUGGCGGAGCAGACAGGCGACAGCCGCAUGGUCCUGAAGGAGGAGUUGCGCCUGAAGAUUCAGCUGAAGCGCCUCCAGCAGGGCAAGCCGGAGAUGGAGGUCACGUUUGAUGAACCUAGACAGUACGAGCUGUCGGAAGAAGAGAAGGCGAAGCAGGAGAGACGAAAGGAAAGAAACAGGGUAGCAGCCAAAAACAGUCGCAAUAAGAGAAAGAAGCACCAGCAGCAAGUCGAACACAAACACAAGGAGCUCAACAAUGAGAACACGAGUCUCCGCACAGACGUGGAGAAACUUCGCAAGACGUUGAGGUCUCUGCAGAAAGCGGCCUUAGCCACCCGGCGGGUGUGCAGCAUGCGCCUCUGUCACAACUAAGUGUCGCACCCUUCACGAUGGGUCGCCAGGCUACAGCUCUCAGCGGUGAGGGGGUCCUUCUCAUGAAAGGUCCUGACCUUGUACAGCAAGUUCCUGACCAACGCAGUGCAUGCGGCAAUUAUAUAUCAGAGGAGACAGGCGAGGUUUCUAACCUCAAGAUUGCCACUUAUUUUUUGAAUGAGUUGUUGCAACUGGGGAACCACACUGCUCAGAACGAGAUGACAAAUACAGCUGUAGAUAAUCACCUCCUGCCACACAAGAGUGUUAGCUGCAACCCCGCUUUCUCCUCCACCAAGUCAAAAGCAGCGCAAAGAUAUUCACCUUACUCGACCAGCCACUCUUUUCGACCCAUUUCAGGAAAGGUCCGAAUGUCCAGCGUGGACAGCUCGCCAUGCAGCUCCCCAAGUCCAAGUUUUUCCUAUGAGUCCCUGAAGAUUUUCGCCGACAUUGAUAUCAAUAGCAUGCAGCGGGACUGCCAGUCAGAGUACUGAUGGUGAGUUCAACACGAUGGUCAUAGUAUUCAACAGCGCUGUGAUAGUAUUCUUGAAGUAAAGUUAUGGUCUUCACUGGCCGAAGGUCAAGAAAUGUGCCAGGUUGUAAACUGGAGGCAAUCUUCAGAUGCAUACAGGUGCAGACCUCGAAAGUAGUCAUAUUCUGUAGUUUCUCACUAUUAGACCUCGUUACAUUAUACCGAAGGAUAGUGGGGAUGAUGUGCAUGGAGUUAAUUUAAUGAACUGUGUCACCGAGAAGAACUUCACAACUAAAAUUAAUUGUUACAUAGAUCAUUUCUGUUUACCAAUUUAGUGCGUAGUAGGUUUAAGUUUAUCAGCUGUUAGUGUUCUGUGACAAACCAAGAUAUAAAAACUGUGCUUAUAACGUUCUAAAACGAUUUAUUUUUCUCUACAGUAACAUUCCAGUCACCAGUCCAGUUGGCUUCCAGGCAAAUCAGAAGGAUUUACAUUUUUAUGUGUUUGUUUUUUAAGUCCGUAGCUUUUUUUCAUAACAUAUCGAUGUUUCUCGAUGUUAUAUCAAAUUCUGGGACUCUAUCUUCUCCCCAAAUAUUCAGCAUUGCUUUUUGUCGUCUUGGAACUGCGUAUUUGAUUUUUUUAAAUUUUAUUUUCUCGUCCACGUUUCUUGUUCAACAGUGAAGCUGAUCACGGCUGCGAUAUGCUCAUCUCACACGGGAGUUCACGAGAGUGCCUCUCGGUGAAGAGCAGACGAUUGUAUACUUAGGACUCGUUGGUAUAGGACAUUUGUUGUGGAUCAUACUUCACUGGUUUUUCGACCUAUUAUGUUUGUCACAGAAUGUCACCAUCACAUCUGAGAAACUCGUGACCGUGUGGUUCAUAGAAGGUAGGGAGGUACUGUCAUCUAGAUAAAGGUACACGACUGCGUACCUUACCACAACUUUUCUUUGAUUCCUUUUUUAUUUUAGUAACGUUGGCAUUUAUUUUAAAUACUUUACCAUGAUAAAGUUGUUUAGGAAUGAUUAACAGACAGUAGAAAAGUCAAGCCUCUUGAUACCUUGCUGCCUGAGAUAAACUGCUCCAAAUAACCUUGUGUAAAAGUCUUGGAAAGACGGAAUAAUGAGGGUUACAUCCCAUUAAUCGCUCUCCGCGCUCUCUAAGCAAUCGUGCCACACUUAAACGGCUGUUAGACUUGCAUCAGACUGAGAUAAAACUGACAAAGAAUAUUUUUAUGCACUACUUCUAAGGUUCUUAAUUUUUGCCUAAGAGUACAUUAUAGAUGCCGUAAACCAGGUAUGUCGUGAGAUAGUUUAGCAGCAGUGAGUCGAAUCCUGUCCUUCUUUGGCAUUCUUUUUUCUUCCCGUCUUCAUCUUCUCUUCCACACAUUGUCUCCGUGAGAGGUCUCUGGGUCGCGUUUUUAGCCUCUGUUGCCAAGGGAUGCUGAUGACGUCAGUGAGCUGCUUACAGCAGCCGUGUCCACGAGAGUGUUCCUCACUGCACGGCAGAUGCAUCCCCUACCCUGCUGCACGCGCUGACGUGUCCAACGACCAGACACAGCAUGCAGCAGUCGCAACAACCUCGCGCGUGACUUGACACCUGGGAGACAAAGUGCUGCAGGAAGCUGUCCUCAGACUAAUUGAUGUGCUUAACACAGUUUUCAUUGUUCCUUGCCUCAAGGUCUAUACAAGUUCUUCUAAAAGAGUCAGUUAACAUUUUCCUCUGCUCGUAGCCUUUAUUUCAGUCUUUGGAAUGUAGAGCAAUUGCUGGAUCGACAUUUUUUUUUAAAGAUGAGACAAUGGUAAAUGCAACGUUUUGUUUUCUUAGAGAAUGUCUGGGUCUCAGCUUCGUCACAUGCUAGGCUUUAACAUUUUGUUGUUAAGGGGUUUGAUCUGAAGUAUUAAUUUUUUUUUAUUUUUGGAAGAAGAUGGAUAAAUGAGAUGAUCGUGCUUCCCUAGUCUUAAACCUAUGCGGUCGAGACUAGUCCUAGCUUCAUACACACUUUCAACGAGUAUGCACUUUUGCCACAUUCGUCGGUGUUGGCUUUGCUGUUCACGAUGGUCUUACGAGAGUUCGCCCGCAGUGGACGAAGUCAGCACCGAUUAAAACAGCAUCAGACACUACAUCGUGAGGGAGACCAGUAGGCAGUCCACACCUUAGGAAGCUCGGGUGGCGGACCACGUUGGCUUCCGGAUGAGUACCCUGAAAAGGCUGCUCAUUUUCGGGCUUAAGCCGAUAGGUCCGUCGCUCACUUCCUGGGGCUCCAAGCACAAGAUUUAUGUUCUUGAAAAAGAAACAUGAUAUUUUGCUUUCAAGCGAGGUUAAUUUUAUUACAAAUUCUUUCUGGGAAUCGGUUCUAGGAUUAUAGAAGGAGAUAGGCUGGGUUGAAGCGGUCUAGUGAUGCGUAGUAUCAAGAAGAAAGAUGGAAGAUACAUUUGAUGCUCUUUCAGAUUAAAGCUUAGUUUAUGACGAAGCUGCUACUCUUCAAGAAAACUUUUGCAUCAAUCAUUAACUUGUCGAGUUUUGUGAGAAAUUGAGAUCUUCUAUCCCUAUGAACACCUAGAAAUAUAAGAAAUGACUGUUAGCUCCACGUCCUCAUUUUCCUGUGACAUGGUCAAAAUUAAAUCUUGAUUUUUUUUUUUACAAAAAUAAUAUUUAUGAUUUGUAUGUAUAUCAUAUAUAUUUGUCUGUAUAUCAGAUUAUAUGUAAUGUCAUUUUGUCAUACCUGUGUCAAGAUUAUCUCAUAAAGUAUAACUACGUUGUUUUUGUAUAUGUAAUCAACAUUUCAUGAAUUUUUCUAAUCAUUUUUUACAACUCUACUUAAUGUUUACUUUGGCGAUGGAAUGUAAUGGGUUUUGAAUGUAUCUUACAAUGACAUUUAAUGUGUAAAUGAAAAUUGUCUCUCCUUGUAACAUAAACUGCAUUUUGCCUUGUCCUAGUAAAGAUGACACUUUCAAAAAAACUAA